AUGCAGGUCGAGCAGGAGCAAGCAAACAAGGAGAAGGAUAAGAGUGAGUUGCUCAGCACAUCGACUUCACUCACGGCUGAAUCAUGGAGGAAGGUCGAAGAUGCGCUGAUGUGCAAGGUGUUUGCAAUGACCUUACGAGGAGCAACCCAGGAUUGGUUCCAUACCCUGCCAUCCAGGUCGAUUAGCAGCUUCAAGGAGUUAGCUUUAGUCUUCACCAAGGAGUACACUUCUUAUUGGACCAUCAAAAAGGACCCUAACCACCUGUUCAACCUGUGCAAGAAGCAUGGUAAGUCCCUUCGAGACUACAUCAAAAAAUUUAAGGUGGAGAAAGCUAACAUUGUGGGAUACGAUGACCGAAUCGCAUCAUUUGCCUUUAAGAAGAGUCUACCGGCCGAGCACGACCAAUAUUACGAGCUAACUAUCACUUCUAGCCAAACUCUGGCAGAGAUCUUAGUGAUUGUGGAACGCUACAUGCUCUAG